CUCGCGCUUCUAAAAACUACCUACUGCAGUUCCUCCCCCACGUGGAGGUAUAUUACGUGUAUUUUCUUUCUCCAGAGAUGAAAGCUAAGCGUUGCUCGCGUUGGCAAAUCUCCCGCUGCUCUCGAAAUAGUCCGAACCGAUUUGGAGGAACGCAGUGUGUGGAAUUGCCGUUGAAGCUUAUUCCGCUUUUCUUGCGGCAGCAGCGCGCAAUUGCGGUCGGUCUCGAAAGCUGUAGCUCGGUUUCAACCGACUGGAACUACCGGUUGCGCAAGACUCCCUUGAAUUUGCGCAACCGUCGUCGCACGUGUCUGAUUCUGCGGCGUCUGUUCGAAAGCACGUACUGCAGACGCAGCGACGCGGCCCCGAUCGGUGCAGGUGUAGACUUUCGAUCGGCUGGGACCGCUCGCCUAAAGGCGCUUGGCACCUUCGGCAGAGAAUGAAGCGUGGACGAAACCUUCCACGGUGCCCAUGGCCAGCAGGCGCGCAGUGGCGCUGCGGGUGACAGCAUCCCUCAGCUCAGUCGGGGUCGUGCGCGAUCUAGCCCCCUGCCGGUUGCACAACACGGUCCACUGCCUCGUGUGCAGCCGCAUCAGCGGCAACAGCAGCAGCCAAGGCCACAGCCGGAGCUGCAGCCGGCAAUGUGGUGGCCCGGUGCCGCGUUCCGCUUGAUCCGGCCCCCCGUGCUAGUGGUACCACCCGCGGCGGCGGCCGCACAGGCUGCCGUCGGGGUCCUGCCCAACAGUGUUAGGCCUGCAGCUCCUCUGCCGGUCGCAAGCUGGAUUGCCCUAGGCAGGGCCCGACUGCUGCAUGCCAACAGCCAGGCUUCCAACGCCAUGGCUACCAAGCCAGACCUGUUGCUGGACACUGGCCAUUUGCCACUGCCCUGCACCAAGCGCAGGCCAGGGUCACCGGUGGUCAGUGACCUUGACGACCCCUCCUCCGGAGCCAGGCCGAAGAGGCGCUUCCCUGAGCAACCACCAGCUGAGGUGAUGAUGGAUGUCACUGAUGCUGUGAUCAACGAUGACCAGGUGGACAGUGGCGUUGACCCUGCCACCACACCAGCUGACGUGAGAGGAUAUGAUCCAGUCCUUGCUGCUGCGAAUGUGCGGCAGCGCAUACGCAAGAGCCGGUACUGGGUGCCUACCGAUCUGGGGCAGGUGCACAACGCUAGCGGCACCUCCAGCAAGGACCUCGUGUUCACGGUGCUGUCAUACAAUGUUCUGGCACAAGGGCUCUUGGAGGACAACCCCUACCUCUACCAGCACUGCCACGAGGAAGUGCUCCAGUGGUCCCUGCGCAGACAGAACCUCCUUGCCGAGCUCAGGGAGGCCAACGCUGACAUCCUCUGCCUGCAAGAACUUCAGCAAGACCACUACGAGCUGGACUUCAAGCCCGAGCUGGAAAAAAUGGGUUAUGGCUGCCUCUACAAGCAGCGCACGGGCGACAAGCGGGAUGGUUGUGGCAUCUUCUUCCGCAAGUCCAUCUUUGAGCUGGAUCGCUUCGAGCCAAUCGAGUAUGCGCGCUCCGACGUGACCGUUCUCGACCGCGACAAUGUCGCGCUCAUUGCCAUGUUGAAGCCAGUUGCCGGUGCUGCCGAGUUUGGUAAGGACUUCCGGCUGUGUGUGUCAACGACCCACCUGCUGUUCAACCCACGUCGGGGAGACAUAAAGCUUGCCCAGCUGUGCCUCUUGCUUGCUGAAAUAGACCGGUUGGCAUUCUGCGGAGACUCGCCAGACGGCGUGCCGCUGUACUUUCCCAUCCUGCUGUGCGGCGACAUGAACAGUGAGCCACACUCCCCACUGUAUACUUUCCUCACCCGUGGAAGCCUGUGCUACGAAGGACUCCUUUCUGGCGACGUGUCUGGGCAGAGCGACGGUGCGAAUCGAGGAAGAUACGUGCCCCUCGAUGCCAGCCUCCGUCAGCUCAACAUCUCUGUUUCUUCCCGAUACCUACCAGUGCCGGCUAAGGAACAUGCGUCUCAGCAUAGUGACACUCCUGCGGCUGAUUCAGCACAGCAGGGCAUAGAGUCGAACGAUGCUUUGAACCUCGCACAACCUGGAUCUGCAACAAGCAGUGCUGCUGCAAAGGAAUCGACGAGUGAUUCCCUAAAGAACGACUCACCAUCAAACUCGGCCACAAAUAGUCCUGCAAAGGGCUCACAUGCGGAAAGCUCUGCCGUAAAAGAUGCAGCGGCAGCAAUGAAGUCAUCUGAUGCGAAUGGCUCGACGCCGGCCAAGGAAGAGUGCAGCAGCAGCCGGCAGCGCAUUGUGAGGCACUUCCUGAACCUGAUCUCCGCCUACAAGCACAAUGUCAAGGGUGCUAACGCCGAGGUGACCACGCAUCACCAGCGUGCGAGCUGCACCGUCGACUACAUCUUCUACUCGGUGAAAAGGAAGGACACAAUGUUUAGGGAGGGCGAAGUGAAACAUGCCUGUGUGGUUGAGGGACCUCUGCGGUUGCUGGCAACGUACCGCUUGAUGUCGCAGAACCAGCUCAUGGCCAUUGGUGGGCUGCCUAACGAAGUGCAAUCGUCGGAUCACCUUCCUCUGAUUGCCAAGUUUCUGCUUAGACCGCCCAGCUGAACUGAAGACCGCCCAUUUGAUAGCUGAAGAUCAACACGUCACUGUCAUCGCACUUCAGUCAGUGUAAAUAGUGAUGUGUUCAAUACGGACACCAUGGCAUUUCAUUUUUCAGGCACCACCAAAGCAGCGAGUAUGGUGCUGUAGUCAUCAGUAGCGUGUGCGCUGCGACCAAGAGGCAUUACUCCCGUGUUCCACCAACCACUGCAUCAUCGGAUAGGUGCGCUGUACAAGUUCAUUUUACUGUUGAUUUUAGGAGACACUGUUCAUCACCGAUGCUUGCGAAAAAGCAAUCAUGGGAUCAUUGCUGGUUUUAACGCAUAUUUCUGUACAAAUCUCACGACACUUAAAUAUAAUUAAUUGUGAAUGUCAAAAAAAUAUUUGGAAUGGUAAAUUUUUUAGUAGUGUGAUCAGUGUACCCUUAAGCCUGAUCAAUCAUGCUUCCUCAAUUAACUUGGCCCUGUCUUUCGGAAGCCCGUGAGAGCUUUGUGCUGGAAUGAGAGGGAAAUUAUUUUUCCAUAAAUAAAUGUUCAUUGUAUGUAUUUAACCUAUCCCUCUAGCUGCGAUGUCAUGGUAAGCAAUGUCAUGUUUGUGCUGUUCUUAGACUUGCAUAAAUAAUUCACAGCAGGGGUAGGUAAAGGCAAGGCGCAGAAGACCAGGACUUGGGAAGAAGAACACAAACGACAAGACGGGCGCCUUGGGCUAGUUGGUUCAUGCUUGAAGUAGGACUGCUGCACAAGCUCAAGCUGUACAAAAAAGAAAAAAAAUGUUUGGGGUAAAAAGUAGUGGUGUGCAAAUAUUAUGAACUUAUAAUUAUCAAUUGGAAUUGGUUGGUAUUCGAUUCUAUUCAAUAGACACUUUUACAAUUCAAAAUAUUUGAAUACCCAAAAAUUUGUGGUUGUCAGUUCUCAUUUUUUUUAGUCAGCUUCGCCGUUGUGCAGCCGUGUUAUGCGGCGAAGCGUACAGAAUUCAUUGUGGUCAAAAUCUGCCAUGCAGUGAAGCAUGCUAAAGGUAAGAAAUGGGGCACUGUCACGGGGCUACUGCUGGUGCUUAUGGCAAGCUGACACUGUCAGCUCAAGUACUCGCUCUGUACUGCUUCUUCAUGCAUUCGCACAAAACCAGAUGCCACAUGGAAACUUCUGCAUCUGCUACUAAUCUGGCUGAAUGCUUAAAAACGCGGUUUCCAAACUGCAAGUUCGACCAACUAGCAAGCUUGGCUCUGUAUUUAGACCCUUGCUCUAAAGUAGUUGAGUACCGUUAGGAUGCUUCAAUUGUGGGCUGGAUUAAAAAACCUGGCAUUAGAAGAAGCAAGAAAAAUUUCAACGCCAGAAAACCCAGAUAUGUCUUAAAACAAUGAAAGCUCCUGAAGAGUCUCCUUCCACGUCAGCACUGUGGGAAAGCUGGUGAGCUCAUCAACCAGCAGCAAUUUUCACUUGUUUGUGGCAACAAUAUUCAAUUCCACUAGGACAGGUUGAAAUAUAUGUGCAUGAUGAAAUUUUUGGCCAAGACCCUGCAUGAGUGUUGGUGUAAGCAUGGUGCCCACUGUUGGAUCGACUUGUGAAGAGCUGCCUGCUGCUAACAGACACUAGUGUGUCCACUGAGCAGCUCUUUUCGGUGUUUAAAGAAACUGCCAUGCAGGAAGGUGUCGCUGCUCCCCGAACAUGUCGAGAAGCUACACUUCAUUCAUGACAACAAUAAAUAACUGCAGUUGUGAUACUGUCAAGCAAGUGCUGUACUAGGGAAUUUCGUUGACCAGAAAGCAUAUUUCUGUUCAUUAUUUGCUGUGCAAUAAACUUGCAAAUUUCUUUUGGU